AUGACAGAACACGACGACACAUCCUUGCCUUCCAGCACAGGUGCAGCAAGUCGAAGGCAUUUGAACAACGAAAUCACUGAGCAACGUGUGGAUGCAGUGCUCGACGCGUUUCAUGAGCUCAUGGUGCAGAAUGUGCCGAACCUGCCGCCAGGCACAGCCGCUGCCUGGCGCAAGUUGUUGAGCUACACCGGGUCCUGCUACAGGUAUGUGGGUGACACCUAUGGGGAGCGCCUCCGAGUGAUCAAGGCCAGACGGAAGGAAGCCUUUCGAACGGGUCAUCCAUGGAUCAGCUGGGAGCUGAUCCAGGAAGAUUGGGCUGCCGUUCAGAAGUCUGCUACGGACGACCGGAACAAGGACGAGACCAAGACUAACGCGGGCGACAACGCCAACGCGGGUGGUGGAGAGAAUGCAAAUGCAGACGAGGCGAAAGAAGAUGACACGGCUGACGCUGGGGCCGAGACCUUCAGCUUUGGGCGGAUGUGCGCUUUCAGCAAUGAGGUCAUGGGACAGAAGACUGAAGGGUGGAUGUUGGAGCUCCUUCAGGUCUUUCAUAUCUUGGUCGAUAUGAUCUCCAGCCCUGUGCAUUUGCAAGAGGAGUGCGACUUAUUGGCGAUCAACUUGAUUACCAAGUCCAACUCGAUUGACUUUGAGAAGUUCAAGCCGGUGAUGUUGGCAGCCUUGCGAUCCUUGCUUCCGAAGCAAUGGAGCACCUUGCAUGAGACAUCCUGGGAGUGGUUGUGGACAACUGUGGCACGGAACUUGAACGAGUCGACCAUGAAGGUGCGUGCCUUCAAACCGUACAACAUCCGGAUGUUCUCCUCAUUGCAAGAAGAGCAGCUGGACCGCUUCCGCAAGGACAUCUUCACCGAAUUCUUCGCGCGAAGCCAGGCAAGUCAAGACCUUUUCAAGCAGUCACAGACCAGGCUGCGCUACAUUGCUGAUCGGGUGCUGCAGUCCUCCUCGGACAUGUUUCAAAAGAACAAGGAUGAAACAUUGGAUGAUCUCUCAGCCCUUGGUUUGCGUCAUGUUGGCUAUGGCAUUCCCAUCGAGCUCUUUGGGCCCUUUGUGGAGGUUUGCGUUCAGGUGAUGCAUCCGCUGAUCCAGGAGUUUCCCAAUGACGUGGAGAGUACCAAGCUUAUUUGGUGCCCAAAGGAUAGAGCGCAUCAGAUUCCAGAGAAUGAGAUGCCUGAGCACAUGAUGAUCGAAGGCUUUCGUUGGUCGAUCGGCUUGACUGCUCGUGUUCUGGUGCGGACCAUUAUGGAUGGGUCAACCGCCGUGAUGCAGGCGAUCCACUUUGACGAUUCCAAGCGUUUGCGCCGGGCAUUGGCGGACGCUCCUCGUGUGGAACGUUUCGUGUGGCAGCUGGCGGUGCAAGUUGGCAGUCAGUCGAUCUCCCCACUCUUUUGGGCCCUCAGGAGCGGGGCUCAUGACACUGCAAAGACGAUGAUUGAAGACGUGCUAACCAUUCGAGCUGACAGGGACAACUACUACUAUGGUGCGGAUGAGCUGUUCAAGUACCAGCCCAACAUCGCAGACAACGUUUUGCGCGAGGCGCCCUUCCUGGCGGAGACCUUGUUGGAUGGAUUGAUUUGGAGGUCGCACAAGAGCAAGGACAACUUGCGCCCGGUGAUCUACUAUUUGAAGCACCUGUUGCAAGACAUGGAUGAAACGAAGAUGCUCUCCCGGGCUUUGAUCAGCUACAUUCGAUUCGACCACCCUCAGACAAUCAUGCAUCCAAUCCUCGCUUUUUCAUUGGAUUUGCUUUGGGACAAACUGGCCUUGCGCUACUUCAUCAUGGACCGCGUCCUGACAAUCUUCAACUGCUUCAUGUUCAUCGUCGCCGAGUGCUUCCUGAACCAUCCGGACAUGCUGGUAGACCCUACGGCCAGUAAAAUCUUGGCGGCGGCUCGGUUCUUGGUCUACACCGUGGGCUUCUUACGCUUGCUCUACUGGCACAUCUCUCAAACCUUCAUCGCCUACAGGUCCAAGGCGUUGGUGAAAGGCUGCGGGCUGUGGUUGCCUCAGUACCUCACGCGUGGCGCAGCGAAAAUCAGCUUGCUGCUUUGCCUCACCAUGUUGGCCAUGAUGACCGUGGAGCCCAUGUUCCAUUGCAUGGGGUCCUCGGAGGAGGUCUUCUCUUUCCGUUGCGAUGGCUGGACGGACCAGAUGAGUUUGGCCUACGAAAUCUUGGUGACCUUUGGUGUCUUCCUGUAUGUGACUCUCAUCCUCGAGAUGGGUAGCAUCUCCAUCAAGCUUUCAGAGUAUGGAGUCCUUGUGACGCAUGCCAUUCAACAGGUGAUUUUGUGCUUGGGCGUGGUUUUCCUCAUCAUUUUUACCUUCGCUGUUGCCAUCUCCGGCAUGGAACGCGAGGUAGCUGCCGUGACUGGUGCCGAUUGGGCAGACUUGGGGUCCAGGAUGAGCACUCUGAUCCGUUUGGCCUUUGGAGCUAUGGACUUGGGCGCCAUUCAGGGCCUGGCCGAGCAGAGCCCUUUGUUGCUCAUCGUCGUCCUCCUGUUCAUGAUGAUGGUCUACAGCUUCUUUUUCAAUCUCUUGGUUUCGCAGUUCUGUGGCGUCUACACCUCCCUGGCUGCAGACAUCAAGGGACAUGCCAGGCUGGCUCGGGGCGAGAUCAUCAUCGAGACAUUUAAGGCGGUGAAGAUGACACGCUGGGCCAAGUUCAUGAACUCAUUGAACUUGGAUGAAAAAGUGGAUUUUGAAGAAGGUGACAUCGGUCUGGCCGGAGGCAUCAAGAACUUUGAACCAGCGCUUGCUCAUCCAGUGGCCAAGGACCAGAUUGUACGCUUUGGUGGCCAAACCGAUGGAUUCCUCCCAUGGCCGGAGAAGAUGGCUACAGAGGCGGACAACAUCGAGAGGACCAUCCAGAAGACGAUUCAGAAGUCGCUGCACAAGAUGCUGGGCAGCGGAAAGAAGGGUGGAGCCGGUUCUGUCAGCACUGGCUUGAACAGCGAUCAAGAUACGAAGCUCGGCGAAGAGUCGACCGAAGAGUCAACCGGGCGAUUUGAAGUCCAGCGUUUGGGAUUCCGGGAGGGUUUGAACGGCAUCUCCACGCGGAUUCGAGCAGAUGAUGGCGCCAGCCGCCAACAUGAGAUCAAGUCCCUGCGUGCGUUUGUGUCAAGUGCGGACCAGGAGCGAGAGAAGACCGAGAUGCGACCCUUGGAAGAGGCGGACGAGCUGGCCUCCGAGGCAUCCGAAGCAGCUGUGGAGGAUGAACGGCGCGACACCGACUUUGACAAUUUGGACGACGACGUCGGCUCCAAAGCUCCAUCCUCGGCGGGGCAAAACUCCAACUUCGGAGAAACCAUGAGGAACCUCACCUUGUCUUCCACCGAGGUGAACGUUCUCCGGCAGAGCUUUGACAUGCUCUUGGGCGCCAUGGGCCAUGACCGAGAGGCUGUGGGAGAUGCCAUCUACGGCACGAAGAUUCAAGCCUUGGUGGCCAUCAAGGACAGCUUCACAACUCCGCGAGCCGUGGUGUCCUUGCGCUUUUUCAAUUGCUUCCGGUUGUUGCUGGAGAAGGCUGACAAUGAAAAUGAGCUGAAGAUCUAUGUGGAAACCUUGGCCUUCAAGCACUUGGGGAACGAGAUCCUGGAGCGUCGUGUGGAAGCGUUCACUGAAGCAUUCAUCGAACUGCUUACGGUCAAUGUGCCCAACCUCCCUCCGGGCACUGCUGCCGCGUGGCGACAAAUGUUGAGUUACUGCGGCUCGUGCUACAAGUUCGUGGGCGACACCUAUGGCGAGCGCUUGCGAGUGAUCAAGGAAGAUUGGGCUGCAGUGCAGAAGUCUGCCUCAGAGGAUCAUGGUGAGGAUGAGGAAGCGGAGGAAGGUGGUGAAGAGGGUGAGAAGGGCGAGAAGGUGGAGAAGGGUGCUGAGACCUUCAGUUUCGGACGCAUGUGCGCCUUCAGCAACGAGGUGAUGGGACAGAAGACUGAAGGCUGGAUGGAAGAGCUCCUGUCGGUCUUCCAUAUUCUGGUGGAAAUGAUUUCCAGCCCCGUGCAUUUGCAAGAGGAGUGUGACUUGCUGGCCAUCAACUUGAUCGUGCGAUCUCAGAGCAUCGACUUUGAGAAGUUUAAGCCGGUGAUGUUGGCCGCGCUCCGCUCAUUGCUCCCGAAGCAGUGGAGCACCUUGCACGAGACCGCCUGGGAGUGGCUGUGGAUGACGGUAUCUCGGAACUUGAGGGAGUCCACCAUGAAGGUUCGUGCCUUCAAGCCCUACAACGUGAAGCUCUUCUCCGCCCUGUCCGAAGAGCAACUGGACCGCUUCCGCAAAGACAUUUUCACGCAUUUCUUCGUCCGAGCUCCAGCCAGUCAAGACCUGUUUAAGCAGUCUCAAACAAGGCUUCGCUACAUUGCAGAUCGAGUGCUGCAGUCUUCCGCUGAUAUGUUUCAAAAGAACAAAGAUGAAACCCUUGAUGAUUUGUCUGCAUUGGGCUUGCGGCAUGUAGGUUACGGCAUUCCCAUCGAGCUCUUUGGCCCCUUUGCCGAGACGUGCGUAGAUGUGAUGCAGCCUUUGAUCCAGGAGUUCCCCAACGACAACAAAAGCGAGAAGCUCAUGUGGUGCCCCAAAGACAAAGCGCAUCAGAUACCAGAGAGGGAAGUGCCAGAGCACAUGAUGGUCGAGGGCUUCCGCUGGUCCAUAGGCUUAACGGCCAGAGUCCUGGUGCGAACCAUCAUGGAUGGCUCCACUGCAGUGAUGCAGGCCAUCCACUUUGAUGAUUCCAAGCGAUUGCGACGGGCUUUGGUGGAUGCUCCACGUGUGGAGCGGUCAGUAUGGCAGCUGGCUGUUCAAGUUGGUAGCCAAUCAAUUUCGCCUCUCUUUUGGGCGCUGAGGAGCGGUGCUCACGAUGCCGCGAAGACCAUGAUUCAAGAUAUCCUCACGAUUCGGGCUGACCGCGACAACUACUACUACGGCGCAGACGAGAUGUUCAAGUACCAACCCAACAUCGCGGACAACAUCCUGAGGGAAGCCCCUUUCUUGGCGGAAUCCCUGCUGGAUGGCCUCAUUUGGAGAUCGCACAAGAGCCAGGACAAUCUGCGGCCCGUGAUCUACUACUUGAAGCACUUGCUGCAAGACAUGGAUGAGUCAAAGAUGCUCUCGCGGGCCUUGAUUAGCUACAUCCGCUUCAACCACCCUCAGACCAUCAUGCAUCCGAUUUUGGCCUUCUCCUUGGACUUGCUGUGGGAGAAACUCGCCCUGCGGUACUUCCUCAUGGAUCGGAUUUUGACGAUCGUCAACUGCAUCAUCUUCGUCAUCGCGGAAUGUUACAUGAAUCAGCCCGCCUUCCUGGAUGAUCCUUCGUCUCGGAGUAUGGUUGUGGUGGGCCGAAUCUUGGUCUACACCUUGGGUUUCCUUCGGUUGCUCUACUGGCACAUCUGCCAAAUCUUCCUCGCCUACAGAUUUGGCGCCGUGGUGAAGAUUCAACGUUUGAACUUCCCUGCCUACCUCAUGCGGGGCUCGGACAUUUUGAGUUUCCUCUUGAUGAUGGACCUGCUUGCCAUGAACACGGUGGAGCCAAUUAUGCACUGUAUCGCCGCUCAGGAGGGCCACAUUCUGCGUUGCCCCGCCUGGACCGACGAAAUGAGUCUCUUGUAUGAGAUUUUUGUGAUCAUUGCCGUCUUCCUGUAUGUGAUCUUGAUCGUUGAGGUCGGAAGCGUCUCAAUCAAACUCUCAGAGUAUCGAGUCCUUUGCUUACAUGCCAUCGAGCAGGUACUCCUGUGUUUCGGCGUGGUCCUUCUCACCAUUCUGACCUUUGCCUUUGCUAUCUCCGGGAUGACCCGCGAGAUGAUGCACCUGACCAGCUUGACGGAAUGGGCGGAUGUCGGAACCAUCAUCAGCACAUUGAUUCGCCUGUCCUUCGGAGCAAUGGACAUCGGAUCGAUUCAGCACGUGGCAGAAGACAGUCCCCUGCUGAUCGUGGUCAUCAUCCUUUUCAUGAUGAUGGUCUACACCUUCUUUUUCAAUCUCCUGGUCUCGCAGUUCUGUGGAGUCUACACCUCGCUGGCUGCCGACAUCAAAGGACAUGCGAGGCUGGCAAGGGGUGAGAUCAUCAUUGAAACAUUUAAGGCGGUCAAGCUCACACGCUGGCAGAAAUUCAUGAACGCCCUCCAUUUGGAUCAGAAGGUGGACUUUGAACAGGGCGACAUCGGCCUGGCUGGAGGCAUCAAGACCUUUGAGCCAGCUUUGGCACACCCCGUUGCAAAGGACCAGAUCAUCCGCUUUGGUGGACGAACGGAAUCGCAUUUACCCUGGCCAGAGAAGAUUGAGGGCACCGUUGACACGAUUGAGAGGACCAUUCAGAAAACGAUUCAGAAGACGCUGCACAAGUAUUUGGGCAGUGGCAAGAAGGGCGGCAACGGUGGCAUGAGCACCUUCAGCACCAACACCGGGGCCAGUGAGACGGAUGCGAGCAGCCAUCAAGGUGGUGAAAAGGCGAGCGUCCACAGCAGUGAUCAUGAUCAUCACAGCGAGUGA